GCUACACAGAGAAACCCUGUCUCCAAAAACAAAAAAACCCAACCAAUUCUAUCCAAACAUACAAAUGAGUGUAAAGAAAAAAAAGCUGAUGUGAAAUAGGUAUCCUAUCCUAGCCUAGCGGGGCCCCUGAGACACUGGGGCACAUUCAGAGGCCUUGGGGUUGGAAUGUAAGAGACAGGGCUGGAAGGCAAGGGGGGAAAUAGGGGCUGCCACAUAGAGUAUCAAGGGCCACAGACAGGUUCCUCAGUAGAUGGGACAGAGAGGGAGGGGUAAGCCCAAGCAAGAACUUUCUGGAAGAUGGCCCUGUUGUUUCUGGAGGCAUAGUAGCACAGCUGGUGAAGAUAAUACUUCUCCUUCCCUUCUUGACCACCUUCUGGAACUGGAUGUCCUUCCUUCAGGCCCUUGACUGUACCUGAACCCCUCCUGCCCACCCCCAGCAUCCCAGUCAGUGGUGGCUCCCUCAAGGCCCAGCAAUCUCAUUAGUGUAGCAUCAGAGAGGACAGUCAUAAUCUGCUCACCAGGAAAAGGAUAAAUUCCUAGGCCAGUGCUCUGCUGACCCAGGUCCAGCCAACUGGCACCUGAGGCUCCCUGAGACCUGUCCAGUGUUUGCCUGCAUGAGGAGUACAGUCCAGCCUGACAGAGUCCAGAAGCUAAGGGUCACUGAAGUGUCUCUGACAGCCUCACCAUGAACCUGGAGCCACCCAAGGCCGAGAUUCGGUCAGCCACACGGGUUAUGGGAGGACCAGUUACCCCCAGGAAAGGACCACCUAAGUUUAAGCAACGGCAAACCAGGCAGUUCAAGAGCAAGCCCCCCAAGAAAGGCGUCCAAGGGUUUGGAGAUGACAUCCCUGGAAUGGAAGGCCUGGGAACAGACAUCACUGUCAUCUGCCCUUGGGAGGCCUUCAACCACCUGGAGCUGCAUGAGCUGGCUCAGUACGGCAUCAUUUAGUCAAUGCCUGCUACGUGAGGCCUGUGGAAGGAGCCUGCUGAAAACCCACUCUACCCUACCACCCUCUGUAAGCCCUGUCCAGGACCCCUGCCCAAGCCCAAGCAUGAGUCCCUAGCCAGGUUGUCCCUGGCCUCCAGGUGAGACAACUUCAUGCCCUGACACCAGCUACCAGAGCCUGCAGCCUCCCACAGGCCACUCUGCUGACCUGAAGUCCCUGGUCAGAAGAAAGAAGGGAGGGGACCCAGCCCUACCUCCUGUCCUUCUUGUGGCUGGAAUGCAGGAGUGGACUCCCCAAUAAUGUUUCCCUGAACUGCCUUCUGUGGGUAAGAAGGUUCAUCUGUCCUACAACCCUUCCAGAUGGGUAUUUUGGGGUGGGACACUGUCCUGGAGUGAUGUAGUGAGAGAGACCGAGGUUACUCCACCCAUUAUACCAACCUUCCCAACAUACUCUGUCCCUUGUCCCUAUUUUGAAAUAAAAUUAGCAUAUCCUUGCUUAUCUGGGGUGCUUUGA